GUCGGAGCGCCUUUAGGGAACAACAUCCAGCCGGAAACGAAUCGAUCCGGCGCAUUGUUCAAGUGCCCUUUAACCAGAGACCCAUGCAUCCAGGUGUCCACGGAUGGAUACAGACAUACUACGUAGAAGACAUUCUGUGUGUGUGUGUUAGAAGGACCCCCAACAAAAAAAAAAUAGCAAAUUGUCUUGUCUUCGUUGUCCAGAGUCCAGUACUUUUUUUUUUUGUUUUUGUUUUUGUUAAUUUGUCGACGUGCUUGGCGUCCGGUCUAUAUAAGUCGAAAGAGUUUGAUUACGAUGACUACGAGAGCGAGGGUGAAGAUGAGCAGCUGAAGCCACCUGGAAACAACGAGAUCAAGAACGGGCAAUGGUUGGGUGUUGCUGUUAAGUCGCAAGGACCGAAGGGGAAGGUGAUGGUCUGCGCCCACAGGUACAUCAAGGGUAACAAUCUGAAGGAGGUGCAGCACGGAUUGGGAUUGUGCUAUUCGCUGCAUAGUAAUUUGGAGUGGGAUGCUGUUUGGGAGCCGUGCGAGGGCAGAGAGAUGUCUUCACAACACGAGCAAUUCGGUUAUUGCCAAGCCGGCACCAGUUUGAAUCUUCUGCCUGAUGGCACUGCUCUGAUCGGUUCUCCUGGUCCUUACACUUGGAGAGGUACCAUGUUUGUGGUUUCGGUAGUUGGAGAGUUUCUCGAGCGCGACAAGAACUACUAUCUCGGAAAUCUCACCAACACCCCAGAACCUAUCGACAAAUACAGUUACUUAGGUAUGAGUGUAACGGCGGGGAACUUCUUCAAUAAAACUCUUAAGCACUACGUGUCUGGAGCGCCGAGGGCCAACCACAAAGGAGCGGUUUACUUCUUCACGAGGAUUUCAUCAGGAGUGACGAUGCCAGUGGGCCUGAUCAUCGAUGGCAAACAAUUCGCCUCCAAUUUCGGCUACGAACUUUUGACCGCCGAUCUGAACAACGACGGAUACGAUGAUCUUAUGGUGGCCGCACCUUUCUACUACAAUAACACGCACGGCGGAGCAGUCUACGUUUAUUAUAACUUGAGGAAAUGCUUCGAGAAGGGUCACGAAUGCGAACCGGACCUCCAGCUCACCGGCACGUUAGAGUCAAGGUUUGGGUUCUCGAUGACGACUUUGGGUGAUAUCAAUCACGAUGGGUACGUGGAUGUGGCCAUCGGGGCUCCGUACACUCAACCCAACGGCGCGAUUUACAUCUACUUGGGUGGCGAAAACGGCCUCAAUCCCGAGUACUCGCAGAUGAUCCAAGUGAAAGGACCGAAGACCGUCGGGUAUUCUUUAAGCGGUGGUAUGGAUAUGGACGACAACGAUUAUCCGGACCUUCUGACCGGCGCCUACGAAUCCGACAAAGUGAUCCUCUUCAAGGCUCGAUCCAUUAUUCAUAUCGACAUCGAAGUUCGCGGCGAAGAGAGAUUUAACAUCGAUCCGAACGGCGGCUGCCCGCACGGCAGCAACAGGAACAGAACAUGCUUCUCGUUCGAAACGUGCUUCAAACUGAAGAGACCGAAAAAUUAUGGUCAAGAAAUCCGCGUGAAACUGUUCAUAGAAGCGGACGUGGAUAAAGCGAAUGGAAAAUUCGCGAGAGUAAGAUUCGACGGAUUAUCCGAGGGUCCGACGAACGUGAGCUACAUCACCUGGCACAACAGACCUGGUUACCAAUGCAGCAAUCACGUCAUGAUCAUCAAAGAAAAUAUCCGAGAUAUACUUUCUCCUAUUAUGUUCCGCAUGAAUUACACUCUGGUGAACGAUGAACCGAUGGCUCCCAUCCUCAAUAAAACCUCUUUGACUAAAUUCAAAGCCACAUUCCAGAAGGACUGCGGAACAGACGACAUCUGCGAGAGCAACAUGAUCCUCAAGGCCAACCUUCCACUACUCACUGAAAUUGGAAACAACCGUUACUCCUUGAACUUGGGCUCCGCUGAUGAACUGAAUUUCAAAGUAACGGUCAAAAACAGCGGAGAAUCAGCGUACGAAGCUCAACUCUUCGUCGUCCAUCCUUCGGCUCUCAGUUACAUAGCUUUGAACAAGAAAUCGAGCGACAUAAUAUGCAAUUACCACAACGACACGAUCGUGAGCUGCACUCUGGGCAAUCCGUUCCCGAAGAACAAGACCGCGGAGUUCAGUUUGCGCUUCGAGAGCAAAGUCAGCAAAAUCGGUAACGAGAAGGAGUUGAAUUUCAUGGCCUUCGUUAAUUCCACCUCGAAGGAGAAGUCCAAGCAGACCAAAGUCAAUAUUAGCGUCGAAGUUAAAAAGAAAGCGGAAGUGAAAAUCGAUAGUGCUUCCACUUCUUACGUUUUAUUCGGUGGUCCGGUUAAGGGAGAAUCUGCGAUUCAGUACUUCGAUGAGAUUGGAACUAGAGUGUGGCAUACUUACCUGGUCAUCAAUGAAGGUCCUUACGCUGUGGACAACUUGAAGGUGAAUAUUCAGUGGCCUUUGCAAGUGGAGAGCGGCACGCCCGAAGGAAAGUGGUUGCUCUAUCUGGAGGGUAAUCCGACGAUCGAAUACGAUGGGAACAUUCCGACAGAUUCCUGCUACAUCAAAUUACCUUUCAUCGCCAACGAACUGAACAUCACCGAUCGUCUGGGAUCAUCCGAAGCUCCGCCGGAAAAUCUAAUUUUCCCCAAUAUAGAGCCGCAGUCUUUGGUGCUCGGACGGUACAGAAGGAGACGCGAGCUGGAGUUUCCUGCGACGUCGGAAAAAUUAACAAGCGACGACGGAAAACGAAACGUCUUAACAUUAGAUUGUGAAUCCGGUACGGCGAAGUGCGCCAACAUCGAAUGCAUCCUGAAGAAGGUUAACAAAGAUAACUCUGCGACUAUUAAGAUAAAGGCUAGGAUAUGGAACUCGACUCUUGUGGAGAACUACAGUAAAUUGGAUUCUGUGAAGAUCGUCUCCAGCGCAAGAAUCUACGUCCCGGAUGACGUGGAGCAGGACGACACGAACGACGACGAAAGAAGAGCGGAAACGUCGUGCUUCCCAGAGAACACCGAUCAGAAUACUUCAGUGCAGAUUUGGCUGAUCAUUGUGUCCGUUGUGGUCGGAGUGAUCGUGCUCCUCCUCAUCAUCUUCAUACUGUACAAAUGCGGAUUCUUCAAGAGGAAUCGCGUCGACGAUCACACCUUGUCUGGGAACCUGAUGAAAGUGGGCGAGUCGGAGAAUCUGCUGAAUCGUUGAGAGUCCGCUGUGAUAGCAUAUGAAUGCUUCUGCUGGUGAAAGGAAGAUUUUCGCUCUUUACACGGAAAUAUAUUUAAGUGAUUGAAAACGAAACUUUUGUACAUAUACAAAUCAGUUCACUGCCUCUUCUAAAUUUAAGACAAUUUGUACUUAGAUUACUUUUUAAUUUUGUGUAAAUAUUGUAUUUAUGAUUGUUGUAAAUAGUACGAUUAUUAUUUUUUUUAAAUAUCAAUUAUAUAUUUAUCGUAUAACAUUCUAUCAAUCUUCCGUAUUCUUGGGAAGACUGUUUUAAGUGGAAAUUAUUUAUUUAAAAGCGAAACUGCUGCAAGCGCUUAAUUUACAUAUAAACUUGCAGCACUUUCGAUUAUUGCAGCUGAUUUUUUUUUUUAUAAUUGCUCUAGAAACUUAUACUUAUAAA